CAUACGAUCAUCUACACCAACACCAAUCACAAUCACAUUUACCGACAUUGGGCAAGCAACAACUACCGUACACUCUCGCUAGUUCUUGGUGCUUACAGGGUGUAUCCGUCACAAGGCUUUGAUCCGGGCAAGGCACAAACAUCAUCAUUAUUCUGUAUCAUAUCGUCUUUCUCCGCAUUUUCCGGUCUCCACUUUUCACAUUUACCCCAAUCCUAAAGGCACCUUUCCGACAAUAAUUCAUCUUCGCCAUAUUGACGGCCACACCCAAUCUCAUAUGCAGUGAUCAAAUAAUCUGAAAGGCGACCUUUUGACGAGCGCAAGCAAUUCUAGCUUCCCCAGUUUUAUCUCGCUAUAACAAAAAAUGACGAUCAGUAGGCGAAAGAAUAAGCCAGUUGCAAAGCAGGAAGAAAACAGUGGCGGAAGCAGUAGCAGAGCUGCAGAAUCUGGCGUACAAUACCAUUGUGAUGUUUGCGGACUAGAUAUUUCUAGUACAGUACGGAUAUCCUGUGCAACUUGUUUUCCUCCUGGAGCGUCAGAUUCGUAUGAUGUUUGUUGUUCUUGCUUUCUGGAAGGACAAGAAUCAGGUACCCACAAAGCAUGGCACGAUUACAGAGUGGUAGAACAGCAUGCCUAUCCGAUCUUUUGCGAUGACUGGGGAGCAGAUGAGGAAUUACUUCUUAUAGAUGGCGCUCAAAUUUAUGGUUUGGGAAAUUGGGCAGACAUAGCCGAUCAUAUAGGGAAUCGAACGAAAGAAGAGGUACAGGAGCAUUACAUCAAAGUGUUUGUCGAAGGUAGGGACGGGACUGAAUAUGGAGAUAGAAGAGCAGAGGAGGCAGUCACUUCCGCUAUACAGUCUGCCCAACCACCAGACGCACAAGGGAAACGAAAGCUACUUCCAGUUGUUGGCCCAAAUCCAGACUUCAAAGCUAGUGUAGAUGCAGAAGAAUUUCAAAAACGAAAGCGACAGAGGAUAGAAGAUGCAAGAUCUGGACAAGCAGCUUUUGGAGGUUCAGCGCCAUCUACACAAACGCAAGGUGGAAAACCUGUGCCGCCAAAGCCUCUUGUCAGUGCGCCUACUUCUCAUAGCGAAUUGGCAACAUUCAUGCCUGGUCGAUUAGAGUUCGAAGUCGAAUACGAAAAUGAUGCGGAAAAUUAUGUGAAGGAUAUGGAAUUCGGAAAAGUGUACAGAUAUGGUGGUGAAAUAAUACCGAGCGAGAUGGAAGCAUUGGGAAGGAAAGCAGAUCAAGGAAGGGUACGAAUGGAGGGAAGCGGUAGAGGUGGACCUGGUUUGAGCGGACGGGGAAACAAAGGUACAAAAGAAGAAGAUACUGAAGGUGGAGAUACAACAAUGGGAGAUCAAGAGAAAGAAGAUGAGGAUGGCGAUCAAGAUGAGACGAAAGAUGGAGACGAGACCAGAGAUGAAGAUGGACAGGAUGAUGAAAGAGACGAUGAUGACGACAACACACAAGACCAAGACAAUGAUCAAAGUCAGAUGGACGCAACUGUAGAUGGGGGCGACACUGGAGAUACAACAAACGCCGCGGAAGCUACAAAUGGUACUGUUCCUAGUGUUGCUGCUAGUGCACCUGCAGAUACAGACGAUCGAGCAGCUGAUUGGGACGAAGAAGAGGCAGAUUUGGAGUUGAAGUUAAUGGUGUUGGACAUAUACAAUGAACGAUUGGAUCGUCGUGGAAGACGGAAAGAGUUUAUUUUUGAACGAAAUCUGGUCGAUUACAAGCGUACUGUUGCAGCCGAACGUAGAAGGCCGAAAGAAGAAAGAGAAUUACUAAAUCGAGUCCGCCACUUUGCACAGAUGCAAACAGCGAUGGAUUUUGAGGACUUCUAUAACGGGUUGUGCUUCGAAGAUGCGCUCAGACGAGCCGCUGCGCAAUUGCAAAUGUACAGGCGUGCAGGAAUCACCAAUUUGACUGAAGCUGCCAAGUUCGACACGGAACAAGCUGAACGUGCUCGUCGUGCAGCAGUGGCAGCGGAAGGAGGUUUUGCUGCUUUUCCAGCCAUUGGUUCUGUACCACGCUCUGCUGCUGGACGUGCGGCUGCUCGUGAAACUGCAACUCCUGAUGGUAGCGAGAAUUCAAUUCAAUUGCCAACAGCUGCUGCUGUAGCCGCACCCCCAAAGAAGAAGGCAAACAACACAGCCAGUCAAUCCUCAACAGCUACUCCUGCUGAUGGAGAAAAGAAAGCCGCACGCAAGCCACCAAAACCGUUGGAUUUAUCGUCACAUCCCUCUCUCAAUUUGUUGACAAGAGCCGAACAAGAAUUAUGUUCUGUUGUACGUAUUCAACCGCAAGUGUUCAUGUUGAUGAAGAAGGAUAUCAUUGUUGAAUUCGUUCGUCGAAAAGGCAAAUUCAGUCGAAGAGAAUCACGUCAAUUGUUCAAAUGUGAUGUGAAUAAAGUUGGAAAAGUGUAUGACCUUUUGGAAUCAGAAGGCUACCUUCGCGAAGCAAAUCGACUAGGUCCAAAUUGGGAUGGCACUGGAACACCACCCGGUUGGACAGCGCCGCCAGCAUCAGAAAAGCCGAACGGAGAAGGGAAGGUAAACGGUGCUUCUACGAAUUCGCCUGCACCUAGUCAAUCUCUGCUCAGGAAUGGCUCAAACACAAACAAUGGUCCUUCCAACACGAAUUCGCCCAGAUCCCAAAAUACCAUCGGACAGAGCGGCUCGAAUGGCAUUUCUCCCAAAUCUUCAUCUGCAACAAAUCCUAGCAAUGGUCAGCCUCGACCUUCAGUAGACCGUCCGACGGCUUCCACCUGAUAAGCACCCCUUGUACACAAUUUUACAUCAUUUGUACUUUUAUUGCAACAGAAUUAAACGUAUACUAGCAUCUCCUU